AUGAGGUCUGAGUCCGGUUCCAGGAAGUUCGGUGGCAUUCUACACCCUUUACACUUGAGCAUGUGCAUGCAGAAUGGCAGUAUUCCAUGGGCAUUAGUAUCUUUCACGCAACAUAGCCACUUCUAUUACUUCAAGCAAUGUGUCAAGCCAGGAUAA